CUAGAGGACUAUAUAAUAGUAUACUUUAACAAUGUCUUAAUAUAUAAGGUCCUCCAAAGGUUGAGGGAUAUAAGCUUCAACCUAGACUUUAAAAAGUAUACGUUUACAGUAAAGGAAGUUAAAUACCUAGGGUAUAUCGUAGAGAUAGGA